AGAGAAGAGAGGAAACGUUCACAGGGCCAGGGAAGGAGCUGGAGGCAGCUACUCCUUCCCGUUUCGCUAAUAAACUAGUCCUUGAUUUCCUUAGAGUCUCCUUGUCUGUGCCAGAGCGCCGUUUUUCCAGGCCCUGCAACAAAAUACCCCCCCUUUCCCGCUUCUUAUCCGCCAGUCCGAGUCAACGGAGGCAGUUCCGGAGUGAACGUGCGUGUGAAGGCGCUGCGCCCAAGCUUACACCAUGAGCAACAUUUACAUUCAGGAACCUCCGACCAACGGCAAGGUUUUAUUGAAAACAACAGCUGGAGAUAUUGAUAUUGAGCUAUGGUCAAAAGAAGCCCCUAAAGCAUGUCGGAACUUUGUUCAACUUUGUAUGGAAGAUUAUUAUGACAACACAAUAUUUCACAGAGUUGUGCCUGAAUUUAUAGUUCAGGGUGGAGAUCCAACUGGUACUGGGUCAGGUGGAGAGUCUAUCUACGGCACUCCUUUCAAGGAUGAAUUCCACUCACGAUUGCGCUUUAAUCGGCGAGGACUGGUUGCCAUGGCAAAUGCUGGGCCUCAUGAUAAUGGCAGCCAGUUCUUCUUUACUUUGGGUCGUGCAGAUGAACUUAAUAACAAACACACCAUAUUUGGAAAGAUCACUGGAGAUACAAUAUACAACAUGUUACGACUUGCAGAAGUUGAAACUGACAUGGAUGAAAGCCCAGUGAAUCCACAUAAAAUAAGAAGCACAGAGGUUUUAUUUAAUCCUUUUGAUGACAUAAUCCCAAGAACCAGUAAAAAGCUGAAGAAUGACAAACCAGUGGAAGAAGUAAAGAAGGCGAAAUCCAAAGGCACAAAAAAUUUUAGCUUGCUCUCAUUUGGAGAAGAAGCUGAAGAGGAAGAAGUGGAAGUCAACAGAGUUAGUCAGAGUAUGAAGGGAAAAAGCAAAAGCAGUCAUGACUUACUGAAAGAUGAUCCACAUCUGAGCUCAGUUCCUGCCAUUGACAGUGAAAAAGCAGAUGAAAAUGACUCAGAUGAGGAAGAAGAGGAGGAUGAGUACAGUGAUGAAGAUGAUGAUCUAGAUAGUGAUGAGAAACAUCAAAUGAGAGAACGCAUUGUGAAGAAGCUAAAGAAAGAUGCCAACCUAGCUCCUAAAAAAUCAGCUAAAGAGGAGGAAACUGAGAAGAAAAGUAGCCGCAGUGAGGCGCUGCGGAAGGAAGCACGUCAACUGAAACGUGAACUGCUAGCGGCAAAGCAGAAGAAAGAAGAGAGUGCCUCAAAACCCAAAGAGAACAAAACUGAAGAGGAGGAAGCCCCCGCAAAUAGCAUUGUUGCAGAAUAUAUGCAAGAGAAGCAGAAAUAUGAACAAUUAAGGAAGCAGCAGCCAAAGAAAGGAUCUUCUCGUGAAGAUCAGACAUUGGCAUUAUUAGAUAGUUUCAAAUCAAAGCUAAACCAGGCAAUAGCAGAAACUCCUGAAAAUGAAGCAUCUGAACCUGAAGUGGAGGAUGAUGAAGGAUGGAUGUCACAUGUCCUUCAUUUUGAAGAUAAAACCAGAAAGGUAAAAGAUGCAAGUGUGCAAGAUGAAGAUACGUUUGAAAUUUAUGAUCCUCGGAACCCUGUUAAUAAGAGGAGAAGGGAGGAAAGCAAAAAGAUUCUGAGGGAGAAAAAAGCAAGGAGAUGAAAUGACUGUAAAGCUAGCCAGAGCUGGCAGGGAAAAUGACGGCACGAAUGUUCUAACCCUUUUGAAGCUGGCAUCCCUGAUAUCGCUUACAAAGUGUGAAAAGGAAUCUGGUGUCUAAUUUGGAAACAGUGCUGUCCCUUUUGUUUUGUAAAUUCUGAUGUAAAAUAAGUAUAUCUCAGUGAAGCCCUCCGAAGCCAUUUUUUAGCCAUUAUUGUUAAUACCAUGUUGAUUUCCAUUCUCUGUUUCUUUUUAUGUAUUUGCAUUGUUACUUCAAAGUAUCUUUUCAGUUUAUCAAACAAAAGGGUUUGCCAGUAUCAAUGAGACUGUUAUCCAUAUUUUAUUAAUGAUCCUCAAUAUAUUACUUUUAAUGUGGAGUAUGUUUUAUAAUCUCAGUUUAUGUCUAUCUUCACAACCUUUUGAAGUGAGUCACAUAAGCUGCAACCCUAAACACACUUACCUGGGAAUAAGUCCCUGUGUGGACAUACGGAGGAUUGCACUGUUAGUCUGUGCUCCAAAGCACAUUUGCUUGGAAGUAAGUUGCAUCAGUUAUAACAGCCUUCUGUAAUAUCCUCUAUUUCUGUCUGCCUUCUUCCUUUUAUUUGUUGAUGUGGACAAGACUGUGCUUAGAAAACCUUUAACCAUUCAUCUCGGUGAGGGACCUCUAAAUUCCCCUUCCCCCUUUCAGUUGCAAAGAAGAAUCGCUCACAUACUGCGCAGUGGUGCCAUAGCAGGCAUGCUAGUUGCACAAACAUAAAAAGUACCAUAACAUGAAAGUAAGCCCUUUGGAAGUAAUGGGCUUACUCUCAUGUAACAGCAUUUUAGCAUUUGCACUAGUGUGGCUGCAAUAGUACUAGGCUCACAUACCAUUGCAGAGUAUCUGAGCUAUUAUCUCAAUUGCCCCCUGCUUUAAGGAGCUAUCCAUAUAUUUAAUAGCAGCAGACACUAUACCCCACUUUAAGCUCAGACCUAUUUGCAUGCCUAGAACCCAACAUACCAACAUAAGUCAAAAAGAUUGCCAUCCUUAAGCCUGGAAGCAAGGGAUCAAGAAUGAAUGUGGGCACACAGAGCUAAAAGAACUUCCAACACAACUACCUAUAUACAUUCCCACCAUCUAGUGAGUGUUAUGCUAGUGAUGAUAAUAAACUUGUCUUUCUGUGUGGACGUUUUGAAAAUGCUUCACACACAUUGAGGUUGUUCACAUGAGCAGUCGUACCCAGGCUUGGCCAUCUCUACGUGGGUAGGGCUGCCUGUGUGAAGUGCCAGGAUCAGCCUCGAUCUGCCUCCUGAAAAGCCCAGGAUUUAUACCCAAUGGUUUACCUGGAUAAAAGGGUGCAAGCACAAUAAAUUGUAGUUGGGACUGAUGAGAGUUGUAGGCCCCGGAUUGGGAACCACUGUUCUAGAGCCUUUCCAGUCCAACACAGCUAAAGUGUCAUGCAGUAGGGCUUGUUUCCAAGCAAAUAUAUUUUACUGAAGGAUAGUGGCUUGACAAAGGCCACCUAGUUAAGUACUCUCUUCCAACAGCAACACAGUACCCACUAUUUUCCCCUCUAUGACACCAUUAUGGUUUUUAAAUUUAAUUUGAAAAGCUUUGGAUUAUUUGCUGAAUACUGAUAUGUGUUAAAUGCAUAAAUAUUUGAGCAUUGUGACUCGUAUAGACCAGAAUAAAAAGUUUCAACAUUUCA